GAAAAUCGAUAUUGACACCAACACUCAAAAUCAUCCAUUCUUGUAUCUAUGAAGCCAUGCUUUCCACGGGCACCCUUCCCCAAAGUCUGAACUCCAUACACAACACAUUCGUGAACAUAGUACCAAGCCACUCCCUCGGUAUCCCCAUAUCUCUCUUUGCCGGCCUGGCUACCACUUCGUUGCUUUUCCUGACACUUCGCGAUACGUGUCCCACCACACACGCCACCAAAACUAUCUUGUCGAAAUCAACAGUAGACGCAAAAACAAAGUCUCAAAUCAUUCCUAGUCCCCUAAACCCCCAAGUUACUGCAUUGACCCACGGAGAAAUAUCCACACUCCCUUACCCGCCGGAUAUAUAUCCCGGCGGUCGCGACAUCCCCAGUCCCUAUGGCAAUACACGAGCAUAUGAAUUCGGACCUGUGAACGGCCCGAAAAUUCUGCUCGUCCAUGGAAUUUCCACACCGUGUAUUGCACUCCAUUCGCUCGCUACUGCCCUCGCUACCACGCACGGAUGCAGAGUUCUCCUUUUCGACCUUUUCGGGCGAGGAUAUUCGGAUGGUGUGAGCGAUUUGCCGCAUGAUGAGAGAUUGUACACGACGCAAAUUUUACUAGUUCUUACUUCCUCCCCGCUGGCUUGGGUUGGGGACGGGUUUCACAUUCUUGGGUUCUCGAUGGGUGGAGGCGUGGCGGCGGAUUUCGCGGUGGCGUUUCCCGGGAUGGUGAGGGAGGUGGUUUUGUUGGCGCCAGGGGGGUUGAUCAGAGAGGAACAUUUUGGUUGGAAGGGGAAGAUGAUGAGGAUGUGGUGGUUUCCUGAUGGGUUAUGGGCGUGGAUUCUCAGGCGGAGAGUUAGUGGUGCAUAUGAUAAUAUGCCAAAUUCUCCAUCGCCUCUUCCUACUUCUCUGCAAACCUCUGAUCCGCAGGUCGAGGAUAAACAAUACAAGAAUCAAGGACAAGUAGACUCGGAACUCGCAACCGCGGUUCCUGCUUCUUCUCAUUCAACGAGCUCAGAUACUAGAUUAUCAUUCGAUGACACACCCAUAUCAUCCCUGCUACCGCACAUAACCGUAGGACAAGUAAUGCGAUGGCAAACGACGCAGCAUCGGGGAUACGCAAAUGCGUUUGCGAGUUCCAUCAUGCAUGCCUCGAUUUCCGGGCGCGAAGAAACAUACAAGAGUCUCUGGGGCAGAAGCGAAAAGCAAGAAGAAAAAGAGCAUCACAAGAGAGAGAAAAUAUUGAUCAUAGUAGGAGAAGACGAUGAUGUUAUUGUAGCAAAAGAGUUGAGAGAAGAUUUAAACAUGGUAGUGGGAGAAAGAUUUGGAAGUAGAGAUGAUGAGGCUGAAGCGUUUGAUCGAAGAAUUGCCUGGAAAGUUAUCGAGAAUGCGGGUCAUGAAUUCCCGCUUACGAGGGGAGAAGAGGUAGCAGGCCUCAUUGGGAAAUUCCUCGGUAUAUAAAAUAAAGAUGUGCGGAAAACCAUCGAGGUUUUCGCACAUAUUGGGCGGUGUUGAUCUCACGCCUUCUACCUGCUGGAAAACUUGGGACCAUCAGGAGCGAGAAAAUACGAGUUGAGAACCAUCUGCUACACAACGGUAGGAAAUCUUUAAACAACUCCUAUUGAGUAUUUGCCUCAAGCUUUCCACGCUAGAAACCCAGUCAAUUUCUCACCAACCCCAGAAAGAUCCCAUAUCUCCGUACUUCAUGUGCAACCACGCAGAAUCUAGAAAUAUGUAUCCAUUCAUGGAUCCAGCCCCUUUCUUAGCGAUUUCCCGCUCCCAAACGCACACACAAUCCACCGACGCUUUCUCAGCCACCAGUUGUUUUUGACAUCCAUCUCCAAAGUAUCUAUCUAUCUUAUUUUACAUAUUAGCCCAGAUGCGAAUCUUCCCAACGCCUAUCGAUUUUACGCUAGAUGAUUAAUGAUUACUCACCUUCUGUCAAUAUGGAGGAGAUCUCUCGCACAUGGACUGAUAAUAUCUGUUCCUUCCGGAAACCAUCCAA